CUCUAAUGGCCGCCGGUCGCCGGAAACCUCCAAAAUAGCCAUUACAGCCAAUCCAUAUCUCCUCUCUUCACUGCAAACAAACUCAUACUACAUUUCAUUCCAUGGCUGUCUUUCGUCUACCUCUUUUUACCGCUUUCCUUUUUUCACUUUUUCUCCUGCACCACCGAGUCAAAUCUGAGCCGACUCAGGACAAGCAGGCGCUUCUCUCGUUCAUCUCUCAAGUUCCUCACGCUUCUCGGAUCUCAUGGAACUCGUCGGAUUCCGCUUGCUCUUGGGUCGGUGUUACCUGCGACGCCACCAACUCAUCCGUCAUCUACCUCCGCCUCCCUGGUGUCGGACUUGUUGGCCAAAUACCACCGAACACCAUAGGAAAUUUAACUCAGCUUCGUGUGCUAUCCCUCCACUCCAACGGCCUCACCGGCGGCAUCCCUUCUGAUUUUUCCAACCUCGCCUUCCUUCGCAGUGUGUAUUUGCAGGAUAACAUCUUUUCCGGUGGGUUUCCGCCGAGUUUAUCCAACUUGACUCGUGUAGUCCGUUUAGAUCUAUCUGGAAACAAGUUUUCCGGCAUCAUCCCGUUCUCUAUCAACAGUCUAACUCAACUCACUGGACUUUUCUUACAGAACAACGAUUUUUCCGGCCAAAUUCCAAGCAUCAACCCCGGGAGUUUAGUCGAGAUGAAUGUUUCGAACAAUCAAUUGAAUGGUUCGAUCCCAAGGUCGUUGGCUAGGUUUCCGGUAUCUGCAUUCUCCGGGAACAUUAAUCUAUGCGGUAGUCCUUUGCCCCCUUGUAAUAAUACAUUCUUCCCUUCUCCGACACCAGCUCCGUCUUCGCUUGAACCACCGCCGUUGGUGAAAAAAUCAAAGAAGAAACUCUCAACAGGUGCAAUUGUAGCUAUUGCAGUCGGAUCAGCGUUGAUUCUCGCUCUGCUUUUGCUAAUUCUCCUCCUCUGUCUACGACGGAAGAGAAAACAACAAAACAAACAAUCUCCGAAACCACCAAUUCCCGCUUCGACGGCUGCUUCCCGGAGCAUCGCCGAAGCCGGCACUUCGUCGUCUAAAGACGACCUAACAGGCGCCUCGACGGAAGGAGAGAGAAACAAGUUAGUCUUCUUCGAAGGCGGGAUUUACAGCUUCGAUUUAGAAGAUUUGUUGAGGGCAUCGGCGGAGGUUUUGGGAAAAGGGAGCGUCGGCACGUCGUACAAAGCGGUGCUGGAGGAAGGGACGACGGUGGUUGUGAAACGAUUGAAAGACGUCUUGGUUACGAAGAAGGAAUUCGAAGCGCAGAUGGAGAUUUUGGGGAAAAUGAAGAACGAAAAUGUGGUUCCAUUGAGAGCUUUCUACUUCUCAAAGGAUGAGAAAUUGCUUGUUUAUGAUUACAUGCCUGCUGGCAGCUUAUCUGCUCUCCUCCAUGGUAAUAGAGGUUCGGGACGGGUCCCACUCGAUUGGGACAAUCGGAUGAGAAUCGCAUUGAGUGCCGCUAGGGGGUUGGCGUACUUGCAUGUCGCCGGAAAAGUGGUUCACGGCAACAUCAAGGCUUCCAACAUCCUCCUCCGGCAGCGGCAAGAAACCAACAAGGACGCUUCAGUGUCUGAUUUCGGUCUCAACUCUCUCUUCAGCGUGUCGAGCUCCCCAAACAAUCGUGUCACGGGUUACCGCGCCCCAGAAGUACUCGAGUCCCGAAAAGUCACGUUCAAAUCCGACGUCUACAGCUUCGGGGUCCUACUAUUAGAGCUUUUAACGGGAAAAGCUCCGAACCAAGCCUCAUUGGGCGAGGAAGGGAUCGAUUUGCCGCGGUGGGUCCAGUCGGUGGUGCGGGAGGAAUGGACGGCCGAGGUCUUUGAUGUGGAGUUGAUGCGGUAUCAGAACAUCGAAGAAGAGAUGGUUCAGCUGUUGCAGAUAGCGAUGGCGUGUGUAGCAACCGUGCCCGAUCAACGGCCGGCAAUGCAGGAAGUGGUGAGGAUGAUGGAGGAUAUGAAUCGGGCGGAAACGGAUGACGGGACGAGACAAUCGUCAGAGGAUCCAUCGAAGGGAUCGGACGGGCAUACGCCGCCGACGGAGACCCGAAACUCGCCGAAUACUGUCACCCCGUAAACCCGAAUAAUGGGCAUGAAAAUACAGUAGAGAAUCAUUUUUAAAAAAAAGAUUUUUUUUUUUUUGGUGUUUUUAUUUUUUAUAAUGUUUAUUUUAAUAUUUUGAAAUGAUUUCAUGGGUGGGGGUGUAUGGGGACUUGAUUGGAAAUUAGUUGUUUAAAUGUUAUUAUUCUUUUGGUAUAUUUCAAGAAAAAACAAGAUUCUUGCA